GUAGUCUUUCCUGCUAGGCUGAAACCCACCAAAGAUUGUUUUUGCGUAUAGUUAAAUGUGGUAGUACCUAUGUCCUACUCAGUGAUAGGGUGUCUAAUAAGCGGUAAGGGAGCAACGCAGACACCCUGAGUUAGCGUGGCGGCUCGGGACAGGCGGUAGAGAUAAAAGAGGAGGGGAUACUGAUAAGGCAUCUUAUCAGCUAGAGGACGACGCGGCGCGCGGCGAACGCGCGCGGCGGCUCGGGAUGAAAGGGAGGGAGAGAGGGAAGGAGUAGGUAGAGAGAGAGAGAGAGAGAGAGAGAGAGAGAGAGAGAGAGAGAGAGAGAGAGAGAGAGAGAGAGAGAGAGACGGGUGGCGCAGGUGUUGUUUUGACGGUUUCGACUGACGCUAAAGAGGGGGGAGGGGGAGCGGGGGAAAGAAAUGACCUGUGGAUCUACUCUGUGUGGGGUCAGAGGACAGUCCAGCGAGAGCGCUUGAGCGUGGCGGAGUGUAUACGAAUUUCUCUACGUGCAAGCAAGAACUUUGAGUGCUAACGAGAAGUUGUAGUGCCACUCAGACCUCCAACCGUGAUACCAGUCGAGGCGCCAGAGGACACAGGACACAGGCUAGGCAGAUGCACCGCAGCAGUGCCUGUACUGCGAUGGCUUCUAUGGCAUGUCAUUUGGCCAGUAUGUGUGCUCCACCUGCCACCUAUUCCUCUUCCCAGAGGAUGUCAACCAUGAGGCCUAUGUCGGCCUGACUUCAGAGCAGAAGUCCGACGACAGUGACAGCGGCAAUGAGGAGCCUCCGGACCUGUUCGCCGUGGCCGGUGGUGGUGGCGGCCGGCGGGCUCGCUCGCCGCCGCCGCCCAUGCCGCCCCCGUCACCGCCGCCGCCGCUGCCGCCUCCUGCGCCGGCCGUGGACCGUCUGGCCGAGCGUGUGGAGCGACUGAGCGUGCCCCACCCGGCCGACGGGGCGACGACGGCCAGCAUGGGACGGCUUCCUCCAGAGGUGCUUCUGGUGAUCUUUGGCUACCUGGACGACAUCUCGAUGUGGGCGGUCAGCAACGUCUGUAAGCGCUGGCGCCACCUGCUCAUGUCGCACGUGCCCGACGAGGAGUGGCACCGGUUCACCGAGAAGCGGUUCCCGCUGUUCCGCGCCCUCUACCGCGUCCACUGCUGGUCAUACAUCUACGCCAAACUGAUUGAGAGCGCGCCGUGCCUGCUCUGUCUGCACCAGAUGACUCCCCACUGCCGCACUGUCGAGGACGAGAGGUCCUUCCGACGACGGCGGCUCGUCCACGAGCAGAACGCUCUGAAGGCCGACCCGCCGGAGGGGAUCCGCGCCACUCCUCUGGAUGACACCUACAGCCACUGGCAGGCCAGUAUCACCGGUCCGGCCGGCAGCGCCUACGAGGGCGGUGUGUUCCUGCUAUACCUCCAGGUGCCCGACAGCUACCCCCUGAGACCGCCCGUGGUGCGGUUCAUCACUAAGGUGCUUCAUCCGAACGUGUCUAGACAUGGUGAUAUCGGUAUUGAUUCGAUACAUCACAACUGGACGCUGGCGCUCACCAUCGGAAAGGUGCUGAUCUCCAUCCAGAGCCUGCUGACGGACCCGUACUGCAAGGUGUGUAUGGAGCCGGCCGUGGGCGCGCUCUGCCAGCGCAACUGGCUCCAGUUCGUCGGUGAGGCGCGCGCCUGGACCUGGAAGCACGCCAUGCACGACGCCCUGAUGCCGCCCGACGAGGAGCUGCGAGAACGGCUGGUCGGUGGAGGAGGGGACAGGACGGACGGGGACGGACACCGGCAGCACCGCGAGGGGCGGCACCAUCACCACGGGGAGGAUCGGCACCAUCACCAUCAUCACCAUAGAGGAGAGGGGCAGCACGAGCACCACAGGGAGCAGGGAAGUCACCAGCACCACAGGGAAAAUCGGCAUCAGGGAGAGCAGGGGCGCCAUCAUCGAGAGGAAGAGUCUCAUCAGAGAGAGGAAGAACUUCAACAUGGCGCGGAGGGGCCUCAGAAUACAGAGGAGGCGCCGACACGGCAACUACUCACCAGUAGUCCGGAGGAGCCCGCUCGACCCGGUGAGCCGGGACCUGUUGAAGUACGUCCCUCUGGUACGGACGCUACAAUGGUGUAAUGGAGCUCGCUACAGCUGUGCAGUGUGCAACUGAUCAGGUGAACUGUGUGAAUUCACGUUAGUGAUGAUACAUAUACAGUUUCUUGUCGCUACUGCUAGGCAAUGAAAUAUGUAUGUUUGUAAAUUGUGGAGGAGCCGCUUUUCACGCUGUUUAAGAACGUCGUGGCUCGUGUCAUGUUCAGAGUGAACCUGUGUUGGAAAGGCUGUGGUUAUGUUCGUUGUGAAGGGCGUGAAAGCCUUGCGCGCUGCAUAGUGUGUUCUGAAAUGUGACUUGUAGAUUACAUUAAUUACAAUAGUACGACAGGAUGGACUCGCUCGAACUGUUGUAGCUGUGCUGGGAUCGUUUACAUUUCAGUUGACCUGACAAUACACAUGCACUGUUGGUAGCAGCCUCACGAGAA